GAGAUAAAUCUUGUCGGACAUCCAUAGUUCAUAACAGUUAUCAGUUUUGUCAGUUUCAAACAGUCGAAAUGGCACGUACCAAGCAAACAGCCCGCAAGUCUACCGGCGGAAAGGCGCCCAGGAAACAGUUGGCCACCAAAGCCGCACGAAAGAGCGCACCAGCCACCGGAGGAGUGAAGAAGCCACAUCGUUACCGUCCGGGAACCGUCGCUCUCCGUGAAAUCCGUCGUUACCAGAAGAGCACGGAA